UAAAAAUUCACAAUUUUACAAACAACAAUGACACCGAACUGUAACAUUCCACCACUCCAGUUUGGCAGUGACACUGAACGGUGGCGGUGACGGUGGUGGAGGGUGGCGCUUAAGAUAGCUCGUGUUUCCGGCGAUCGAAAAUAUUACCAUUACUGUGAUGGAUCCUCCUCCUUCUCCACCUCAAUCUUCUUUCAUUCCUCCUUCCCAAUUACCAUCCCCUCCACAAAACCCUAACCCUAAUAUUCAAUCCGAUUCAAUCCCCAAUUGGGACCAAAACCCUAACCUCACCCAUUACAUUGAUAUAUCCGUCCCUAAGAAGAGAAGACGUGGCAGGUCCCAACGCAAUCCGGCGUCGUUUCAUUCUCCUCACACUCCCAACGCCAUCACUUCUUCUUCUUCAUCUUCAGCUGUUGCAGCAGCUCCAGUUUCCAUUUCUUCAAUCAGAAUCCCACCGCCAUUGUCCACGCCUGCACAAGACUUCUCCGAUGAAAUUAUAGUGAUAAACAAAGAAGCUAAAACGGAGGCAAUGAUUGCACUCACUGCUGGUUUUCCAGCAGAUUCGCUUUCCGAGGAGGAGAUCGAAACCGGAGUUAUACCUGUCAUCGGAGGGAUCGAACAGGUGAAUUACACUCUCAUUAGGAACCACAUUAUUGCUAAAUGGCGUGAGAAUGUUUCGGUUUGGGUUACUAAGAAAAUGUUUACUGAUUAUAUACCUCAACAUUACAAUGCACUUUUGGAUUCUGCUUAUAAUUAUCUUGUAUCGCAUGGUUAUAUCAAUUUUGGUAUUGCUUCCGCAAUUAAGGACAAAAUCCCUACUGAAUCGAGUAAGGCUCGUGUGAUUAUCAUUGGUUCUGGUCUUGCUGGGUUGGCUGCUGCAAGGCAGUUGAUGCGGUUUGGGUUUAAAGUGACUGUGUUGGAAGGGAGGAAACGGGCUGGUGGACGGGUUUAUACUAAGAAAAUGGAGGUAGGGAGUAGGGUGGGUGCGGCUGCUGAGUUAGGUGGGAGUGUUUUGACAGGUACUUUAGGGAAUCCUCUUGGGAUUGUGGCUAGGCAGUUAGGUGAUUCACUUCAUAAGGUGAGAGAUAAGUGUCCACUUUAUAGUGUUGAUGGAAAGCCGGUUAACCCUGAUAUGGAUGUGAAGGUUGAAUCUGCUUUUAAUCGCUUGUUAGAUAAGGCCAGCAGGCUUAGGCAAUUAAUGGGGGAGGUCUCUGUCGACGUGUCCCUUGGGGCAGCGCUGGAGACGUUCAGGCAAGUAUAUAAGGAUGCUGUGAAUGAUGAGGAGAUGAAGUUGUUCAAUUGGCAUCUUGCAAAUUUGGAAUAUGCAAAUGCAGGUUUAUUAUCACAUCUUUCACUUGCGUUUUGGGACCAAGAUGAUCCGUAUGAUAUGGGAGGAGAUCAUUGUUUUUUGCCCGGAGGAAACGGAAAGUUGAUUCAAGCCUUGGCUGAGAACGUGCCAAUUUUAUAUGAGAAAACUGUAAAUACGAUUAGGUAUGGUAGUGACGGAGUGCAGGUUAUUGCAGGAAGUCAGGUAUUUGAGGGUGAUAUGGCAUUGUGUACUGUUCCCCUGGGUGUUUUGAAGAAAGGGUCUAUCAAAUUUAUACCGGAGUUGCCUCAAAGAAAGCUUGAUGGAAUUAAAAGAUUGGGUUUUGGUCUACUGAAUAAGGUUGCUAUGCUCUUCCCUCAUGUGUUCUGGGAGAUGGAUCUCGACACAUUUGGGCAUCUUUCUGAUGAUCCAAGUCGUCGUGGGGAAUUUUUUCUGUUUUACAGUUAUGCAACAGUUGCUGGUGGUCCUCUGUUGAUUGCUUUAGUGGCAGGGGAAGCUGCACAUAAAUUUGAGAGCAUGCCCCCUACAGAUGCAGUAACAAAGGUUCUUCAAAUUCUGAAGGGUAUCUACGAACCAAAAGGAAUCAGUGUUCCUGAACCUAUCCAAACUGUCUGUACUAGAUGGGGUAGUGACCCCUUCUGCUUUGGUUCUUACUCUAAUGUUGCAGUUGGAGCUUCAGGUGAUGAUUAUGAUAUUUUAGCUGAAAGUGUGGGAGAUGGUAGACUUUUCUUUGCUGGGGAGGCAACUAAUAGGCGCUAUCCUGCUACUAUGCAUGGGGCUUUUCUAAGUGGUCUAAGAGAAGCAGCAAAUAUGGCCCACCAUGCUAAUAUUAGAUCAAUGAAUGUGAAGGUUGAAAAGACCCCUUCGAAUGCUCAUUCUUGUGCUUCCGUUCUUGCGGAUUUAUUUAGAGAACCUGAUAUAGAAUUUGGGAGUUUUUCUAUCAUUUUUGCUAAGAAAAAUGCAGACCCAAAAUCACCCGCGAUCUUGAGGGUAACUUUUGGUGAGCCUAAAAAGAAGUAUCACGAAGUUGCCAAACAAGACCAACAACAACACUCAAACAAAUUACUUUUUCAGCAGCUUCAGUCACAUUUUAAUCAAAAGCAGCAGCUUCAUGUUUACACUUUGCUGUCAAGACAACAGGUUCUUGACCUAAGAGAAGUAAGGGGCGGUGAUGAAAUGAGAUUGAAUUACCUUUGUGAAAAGCUAGGAGUGAAGCUCGUGGGAAGAAAAGGAUUGGGUCUGAAUGCUGAUUCUGUCAUCGCUUCUAUUAAAGCUGAGAGGGGCAAUCGUAAACCUGUUUCAACUUCUAUGUCUCUUAAACCAGGGUUAGGGGUGUCAAAGCUAAAAGCAGGCAUUAUGAAGCGAAAGAUAAUCAGAAAGGCAAAGGUGGUGAAGAAAAGCAAUGGAUCCAUACCCCCUGCAAGCAUGAAUGUGGGGAGUUCCUCUAAAGUAUCUGAAGAGAAUCGGAUAAUAGACCAAGUGCUUCCUGAUGUGCUUGCUUCAGGGAACAAUCAAAAUGACUUGUCAAACUCAAAUCCAUCCAUAAAUGGAAGUUGAAUAACUGGAUGACAUUUCUUCAUCUAGGAGACUAAUUGUUCAUAUUAAUUUGCAGAAAGACUAAGAUAUACCAUUCAGAUUGUUCUCUUUGGGAACUUCAGUCGGGAUUCUUUGUGUUCUCAAUAGAAUAUUUGUAAUACAUAUACAUUUUUUUAAUGAAGUAUUUGUUAGAAAUACAUUGAUUGUUGUUGUAAAUAAGAUAUUGUAAUUGAAUAGAUUAUCACUAGAGGUAGGCUCUUGCAUUAUAAGCAAGCAUACAUCCUUUGACAAUCAGGCACCAGCUAUUUAUCAAAGUUUCAUACAUCAAAGGCUUGAGUUAGCUUUAUUUAGUUGUGGUAUGAUCUUCGGCAUUUCACCUGAUCAUCUCGGUGCUUUUGUUCAACAUAUAGAAGAUGGCUCUGACUUGCAAAUACGUUUGGUGCUGAUGGUAUUUUGAUGCAGCAAACUGGCAAAUAAUCAACACCAAAUACAAUGUUGGCAUUGCCAGGGUCUAAGUAGCCUCCUGCUAUGCAUGGCAUAGUUGGACUUCAAGAGACGAACAUGAUCAUACCUGACAGCACUGAUAGGUUUCAACACGUUCAUGUUACCUGCAAAUUGAGACUGGCCACUGUCCUUUUUUGGGUCGGUGCAGCCUUUUAGGGAAGCAACAGGAGAAAAGAAAAUAUACAAUGUAUAAGUUCCUUUUUGUUGUGCUAAUUGUAUGGUUUAUGAGGACAUGAAACAUUAUACUGUAACCUAUACUUUAUGAUCUGAAAACUUUGUUGCUUAAAAAGGUGAUAUUGGUGCUUUUUUUUUU